UCCAGUUUACAAACUUAUUCCUCGUAGUAGUGGGCGUCUGUCUGACCGCCUCACUUCCGGUGGAGCCCCAGUCGUGGCUUUCCCUAGUAGAGCAACUACUCGAGAAAAUGGUUCGAAUGGAGCUCAACGUGGAGGCCAUGUACAAGGAGAUGCAGCAGGCACGUGACCAGGUUACUUCCGGUCUGAAUGACGUGGGCGCUAUGAAGCAGACAGUCGGAACGCUGCAGACGUACUUUACUGACAACAUGAACAAAUCAGACACUGUUGUGGCGUUCAACGCUCACACGAUUGUGGACAAGUCACUCGCUACGGGCCAAGUUCUCGUGUUCAGCAAUCCUCUGUUCAACAUCGGGGAGGCGUACGACAGUGGGGCAGGAAUCUUCACGGCGCCCGUCUCCGGGGUCUACUUCUUCUCCGCACACUUCUGUCUUUAUGCCAGUAGGAGUUGGCGCUACGCUUUCAUGAAAGAGAACGACGUCGUUGUUGUAAAGGGUUCCAAUUAUGACGGUAAUGAUCAUGUUUGUGAGACGGCGAGCGCCGUGGUUCUCCUACUGCAGAACGAGAGACUGUGGAUAGAGUGUCAAUCAGGAAGUACGGACGAUCUGUUCUACAGCAAUUCUAAUCGUAGAAGUUCCUUCUCUGGGGCCUUGCUCCACAGGGUGAAUGGAUACCCAUAGGGAAGUGAGGGAAGUGAGGAUUUUACAUGCAGGGAGGGUAAAUCUCAUAUAGGAAAACGAACAGUAUCAUAUGUUGUAGUGUUGGUGCAGGGCUCUGAUCAUUUAGGGUUACAUACCUACUAACGUUUACCAGUAACUAAGUGAAAUAUACAGUUAACAUAUGCGUGUUUUGAUAUCUUGUCUUAAAUAACGACACUCAAAGUUUGUAUUUAUUUAUUUUAAUCACGUUCACGUUCAAGUGUAAUGUAAACUAUUAUAAUGCAUAGUUUCUUUAUGAUCUCAAAAUUAUAGUGACAACGUAAUGCUUUAUGUGUCGGUGGCAUUCUGUUUAAAACGAACACUAAAGAUCACAUAAAACAAAACUAAUCACUAACGAAACAUAUCGAAUUGCA